AAUUUGUAGCUGAUUUAUGAGUUCAUGGACAAAUCGAAAAGAAAUCCCUAUGCUUCAGUUUAUCAAGCCACCACUGUGCCGCUCAAGGUCAAAACCAAGAAACCGAAGAGGCGCGAUAAAAGUGAUUUGGGAGAGGAUUUUAUAGCGCCCGAUGGCGGUUGGGCAUGGCUGGUGUGCAUUGCAGCGGGAGUAUCGAAUCUUUCCAUUUAUCCCUGCGUCCAACAAUUUGGUUUCAUUUUUAGAGAACGUUUGUUGGGACUGGGUCUUAGCAGUUCGGAAAUUACGACAAUAAUCAACACAAAUCCAGCGGUUUCAGCAUGCACGGGUCUUUUAAAUGGACCCAUGUUCAGACGUUUCACCUUUCGCCAAGUGGCCAUGGCUGGGUCACUGCUGAUAUUCUUCGGCAUUAUUUUGACGGCUUUUUGUGAAACAUUCAUUGGAUACAUGAUCGCUUAUGCCUUACUUUUUGGUUUUGGCAUGGGUAUCAGUGUAUCCGCCUCCUCGCUGGCCAUCAACACAUAUUUCAAAAAUAAACGUAGAAAAGCAGCGGGAUUUUCGUGGACAAUAACUGGAGUGGGUCCAAUUGUUCUACCCCACUUGGUUACGUUUCUGCUAUCUGUGUACGGCGUGCAGGGCACGGUAUUCAUAUUUGCCGCCCUUUCGUUGCACACCUUUAUGUGUGCCCUCAUCUACCAACCUGUUCGAUAUCAUGCCCCGAAAAGUAAUGUCACCGACACACAGCCAAUAUCUGUGCUGGAGGACAAUACCCAGCAUCUCUGCAAGUACUGCGAAAUGCAGCUGAAAAAGCAGAAGGGCAUAUUUUCUUCGCAAUAUCUCUAUCAGGAUGAUGACGAAGACAAGCCGGGCUUCGAAAUCAUUGAACCCGGUACACCGAUGUUGUCACGCGCCAAUGACGGAUGGUAUGGCUCCCGCAUGUCCUUGGCAUCUGGCAAACACCGUUUACGCACAAUUCCCAGCACCAAAGACAUUGAAUCGUCCCAUCGUUUCAGUCGCAUGAUUAGCCAAGAGGAAGAACUCAAGCAAAAAUCAGUUCUAAAGCCCAACAAUUUCAAGAGGGAGAGAGAUAGCGCCCUUAACCAGGGUAUUUUGAACUCAAAAUAUGGUGGGGCUGCAUUGAAGUGUACGUGUGCCGAGGAAAGAGCUCUACUGGAACUGAAUAAAAUUAACGCUUUCGACGAUGAUGCGGGUGAGCGCAAAGACAAUGACCAAGACAAGAAUUCUGAUGAUUCGGAAAUAAGCGCUUCAGAUAUGACAUUUCUGCAAAAAGUAGUGGCCUUCUUUGAUUUGGGUCUAUUGCGCGACUUUACAUUUGUGAAUUUGGUUAUUGGUUUGACCAUCAUUAACUUUGGCGAACUGAAUUUUUCAAUUCUGACACCAUUCAUUCUGAAUGAUUUCGGUUUGGAGAUUUCCCAAAUAACCCUCUCCAUCUCAGUACUGGGAGGUAUGGACUUGGCAACGCGUUUUCUUCUACCCUUCCUGACCGAAAAAGUGCCAUGGGAUAAUCGGGUAUUUUUCCUUAUUGGAGUAGUGGGAAUCGCUUUGGGUCGCACAGUUAUCGCCUGUACUCGCUCAUUUCCUGUGAUCAUCAGCACAUUCGCCGUCACUGGCAUAUUUAAGGGAGUACGCACAAUUUUCUGGCCACUAAUUAUUCCCAGCUGUGUUCCAUUAAAAAGACUGCCAGCAGCAUCGGGGCUACAGCUCCUAAUUUCGGGGCUAUUUACACUGGCGGCUGGACCCUUUGUUGGUCUUAUUCGAGAUCGUUACAACUAUGCCAUAGCAUUGCACUGUCUCAACAUAAUGACAUUUGUUGCAGCCAUCUCAUGGACGGUCGAAGCUUUAGUUCGACGUUAUUUACAAAAGCCAAGUACAUUAAAUUGUGAUUGA